CAACUUUCAAAUACAUAUAUUUAACGUUUCAAUUUUAUACUAAAAAUAUAUGAGUCAGAUAAUUUCGUAUUAACUCUUUUAGGCAAUUUUGUCGUACCAUGUGCUGCCCUUAUUUGUUUAAGUGUAUUUUUGAUGAAAAUUUGGUUAAGGAAGAGGGAGUUCUAGUUAACUGGUUCGCGUUUCGUUUUCAGGAAUGGCAACUUUGGGUACUGGUAUGCGGUGUCUUAAAAGCUGUGUAUUCGUUCUGAACAUCAUCUGUCUGUUAUGUUCCCUGGUAUUGAUCGGGGCUGGUGCUUAUGUAGAAGUUAAAUUUAGCCAAUAUGGGGACAAUUUGCACAAGGUCUGGCAGGCAGCACCCAUCGCUAUAAUUGUUGUUGGAGUAAUAAUUCUUAUAGUGAGCUUCUUGGGUUGUUGUGGAGCUAUAAAGGAGAACGUCUGUAUGCUGUAUAUGUAUGCAUUCUUCCUCAUUGUACUUUUGAUUGCUGAGUUGGCCGCUGCCAUUGUUGCAGUUGUUUACAAAGACAGGAUCGACUCAGAAAUCGACACGUUGAUGACUGGUGCCCUGGAUAAACCAACCCCAGAGAUAACUGAUUUCAUGAAUUUGAUUCAAUCAUCAUUCCAUUGCUGUGGAGCCAAGGGCCCUCUAGAUUAUAAAACGAACAUUCCAGCUUCAUGCAAAGGAGAGAAUACAGUUUAUCAAGAGGGCUGUGUAUCUGUCUUUGGAGCAUUCUUAAAACGCAACCUGGUUAUUGUUGCUUGUGUUGCAUUUGGUGUAUGCUUUUUCCAGUUGUUGAGCAUCGUCAUAGCUUGUUGUUUGGGUCGCCAAAUAAAGGAGUAUGAAAAUGUGUAAUCCCUGCAAAGAAAACAACAUUAUGUUUAUCGGUUCCGUUCUGUUUCCCUUCUGGCUUUUAUGAAAUGAUGCUUUUUUAUUGCCUAGAUAAUUGUGCCUUGGUUAAUAAUCGUGUAUUCGACUUCGUUUACUAUAUAUAUUAAUUAUACUUGAAUAUGAUACUGUCAUUCUAAUUGUUUCACAUUUUAUCAUUCUUAUACAUAAUGAGCUGCAUUGAUUCCUUGGUAUAUACCUACCAACUGAUGACAAAUCAUCUUCACUUUUAUGGUGUCUUAUAACCUUUCACGUUUAUAUAAUUUUAAAUCUUUGUUAUACCUUUUGUUUUACAAACCGCUUAUUUUUCCGCUACAACAUUAGACGUUUCUUGUAUAAAUUAAUUCCGUUAAGUUAUCUCAGUCUUCAAAUGCGUUUGGGGGGUUUCUAAUAAUAUUCAUAGCAGUAAUUGUUCGAGGUUUAAUCUAUUCGUUCAUAAUUUCUUUUUAUUUAAAACUGACGAAACUCCAAAUAGAUGAAAGCGUCAUGGUAUUUGUCAGUA